AAAUUCUUUACUGCGUCUUAAUACAUUACCAGGCAUGCGCAGUAACGAUACCUCAUCAUAUUUGUGUUUCUCGGAAUAAAAAUCGGCUACCUCCGUGGCGCCGUCAUCACAGUUUAGGCGAUGAUGAUAAUGAUGAUAGUAAUAAUAAUACAAUAACUGAACGUCAGAACGCGCUAUAAUGCCAUAUUGACGAUUGUUUUUUUCUUCGUACUUCGUGGUUCGUGCAUUAUCUGUGGACUCUGUCGGCGACUAACGCAUCCGAUUUGUCGUUCCCUUUCAUUUUUUUCGUUUAAGUUUUCUCCGCCUCAUUCGGCUUUUGCGUGUUUGCACCAGUUGUGAAGACCAAAGGACAACGGUAUUGUACCGGCAUCGAACACCAUGGAAGGCAGUGAACAUACCCGUUUCGUUUUCGACUUACUGGACGAUAUACACGAACACAUUGUUGCGAAAACCACUGGUUCAAUUAGCUACCUUACUGUACCAGAAAUUAGAAGUAUAGUUUAUGAUAAUAUAAGUUCAAAAAAUUAUAAAUACACUGAACAUGGCAGAAUAUUUCAUUUUAUUUUAUAUUUGAACACCGAAUGGGAAAAUUGUAAUUGGAUUAAAGAAGAUACAUUGCUAAACCUCAAACAAUAUAUACAUGACAAACCCCUCUCUUAUAAUGUUUACUAUAUAAUUGUUGAUAUCACAGAUUUACAGACAUUUAUGUUCGAAACUAUUAUGUGUACUCCUUACAGUUUUUGUAGCGAUUUAAUUGAAAUUAAUUUGAAUAAAAUAAAAUUUAUGGAUGGACUUUCACAACUAGUUUAUACUGAAAAGCUAAUUGUCGCUUUGAUGAAAUCUUUUAAACGUACGCCACUAAAAUCUGAUUUAGAAAGUUCUGCUAUCAGCCAUUUCAAUCAAGCCAUGGUAGUAUUUGGCAAGGAUAAUUUACCUCAUGAUAUAAGGAGACUUGAUUUUGAAGACGAACAAAAAGAAAUAACAAAGUAUAAUGGAUUUCGAGUGAAAAGUAUAUUUAGCAUUUUUGUAGAGUUGGUUAAAUUCAAAAGUAUUUCUGAUACUUACAUACUGUAUCCGAUGUAUAAAUUAGAAUCAUUACGUUCAUCAGUUCCAUUAACAGAUAAUGAACAUAUGUUUAAAAAAUUGUUUGAUAUAAUUAUGUACAAGUGUAUGAAUUUGAGCAAUUUUAGCAUUGAUACUUGGCUUGCUUGGUAUGAAGUGGAAGUUGUUGAAGAAGACACUAAUCUACAAGCAACCAUUGGACAUCUGUGUUAUGAAUUAUGUAGUUUAAUGGAUAAUGGAACUAUUACUGAUGAACCUUUAUUAAAAGAAUUCAAGCCAAUUCUACGUAAUAUAGCCAUAGAAAAGAUUAAUUUUAAUGAUGUUGAUACUGAUGACAUUGAUACAAUUACUAAACUUGUAGAGAAUUCUUCUAAAUUUCAUCUCAACGGUUGGAUGAAAAGAAUGUUACAAAAUCCAGUUGCUUUUCAAUAUGACCGUGUUGUUCAAGUAACUUGCAAUUACAUAGACUGUGUUGAUUACAACUGCUUCAAAACUAUUCUAGAAAAUGCUAUAAUUUAUAGUAGAAUUAAAAGGGAAGAUGAAGUGCCAGAAGUUUUGUCAAAUGCAUUAUUAAAAGGAAUCAAACAUUUAGAUGUAGAAGAUAAAUGGUCUAUUUUAAAACAAGUUCUCUGGAACCAUGCUGAUUAUGACUUUCAUGUAUCAAAUAAUUUUGAUGAACAAUUACAUUAUGUUGUCCACAAUGAAUAUAAUGACGAUGUUGAUCAACAAGAAUUAAUGUCCAUUUUAAUUUGGCUAAUAAUACAACGACCAAGAAAAAUGAUGAAUUUAUUAAUAGCACAAUAUAUAACUGGUAUUUGUGGUUUAAAUGCUAAAGAAUGCGAUGCUAAGAAAUCAUGUUUAUACCAAGGGUUGGUUAGUGUUCAUGUAGACGUGCAUCCUUCUAUAAUUUCUGAAGAAUAUAGGGAUUGGUUGUUUGGAUCCAGAAGAUUUUCAAAUGAAAAACGUCAACGUAUUCAUCAAUGGGUUAUAGAAGUUAUCAAGACGCUACAUUUAAUUAAAGCAUCAGCAUUUCUUUCAGAUAUCAUAACACCUCUCCUAAACCCUACAAAUAAUCAUAAUUAUAUGUUUUUUUUGAUAAAUUUAACUAAAUAUGUUGUGGAAGAAUGUCAAGUUCUAUCAGUUUGCUACUUAGACAACUGGGAUGAAAUAAUUAUAUGUAUGGCUAAGCUAAUGGAAAAUAUUCGUUGGAACAUUCACAAUUAUUCAACUGUUAGAGCUGAUUUGUGUGAUCUAAUAAUUUUAACUGUACAGCCUAUUAUGCAAAAUGCUUCACAAUUUAAUACACGUAAUUUAGUUAAGUCAAAACAAUUGGAAAGUCUUCAACAAGGUUUAUCAGAUUUACAUUUAAUGAAUCGUUCUCAUUUCUCACAUAUGUGGUUGCCUGAUAAUAUUACAGUAGAUGGAAUGGAUGAACAAUUCAUUAUGACCGUGCAUUCAGAGAAUUAUAUUUCAUACUCCAAUUUAAAUAGAUCAUCAACUCAAAAAGCCCAAGAAGAAUUUAUUUUUAGCAUUGCAACAUUUUUGCCGAAGUUCACACAAUAUGAAAUUAAUUCUUUCGUGACAAAUUACUUAAGUUCGGCCAAACCAGAAAACAUUGUUGAUGCAUCAUUUUUCUUAUUGGACUGUGUGAUCAAUUCUUUGAUGAGAAUUAUCGUUUACUUGAAAACUGCUAUACGAAAGGAACCUUUCAAUAACACGUGUGAGCGACACUAUUUAAGUCGUGUUAUCUUUGAAUUUCUUUCAGUUAUAAAUGUAACAAAAAUGAGUUGUAUUUAUGGAGAAGAUGUCGAUGUUAGCUUGGUUGUUAACAGUGUGGCUAAAAUUAUCAUGGUUGUAAAACAGCUUGGCGAUAAAGAUGUAAAAUGUUUAGUAACCCUUUUUCGUCGCCUAAUUGAAAUAUCACAAACACGGAUGAGUGUAGAAGAAAUUUCAAAAAUUUUGUCUCUGUUAAGUUCUAUAAAAAAUGAAAUGCAUGAAGAAUUAAUUAAAACUACUAUGCAAGGAUUGAUGAGUAAUCUUUUAAUCAAAAAAUCACAUGAUCAAGAUUAAGAUUUGUAAAUGUAAAUAAUAGGUACUUCAUUUUUUGUACUCUUUUUAAUAUAAACAUACAUUAUG